CGCGCGAACAUGGCCGAAGUCGGCGAGGACAGCGGCGCCCGCGCCCUGCUGGCGCUACGCUCGGCGCCCUGCAGCCCCGUGCUGUGCGCCGCGGCCGCCGCCGCCGCCUUCCCCGCGGCCGCGCCCCCGCCGGCCCCCGCGCAGCCCCAGCCCCCGCCCGGGCCGCCGCCACCGCCGCCGCCGCCGCUGCCUCAGAGCGCGAUCGCCGGCGCGGGCUCCUCUGCCGGCUCCUCCGGGGGCUCCUCCGGGGACGCCGCGGGCUCUGGGGGCGCCGGGGACGAGGGCGCGGCGCCCGCCCUAGUGGCCGCGGCGGCCGCCUCGGUGCGGCAGAGCCCGGGGCCGGCGCUGGCGCGGCUGGAGGGCCGCGAGUUCGAGUUCCUCAUGCGCCAGCCCAGCGUCACCAUCGGCCGCAACUCCUCGCAGGGCUCGGUGGACCUAAGCAUGGGCCUGUCCAGCUUCAUCUCGCGGCGCCACCUGCAGCUCAGCUUCCAGGAGCCGCACUUCUACCUGCGCUGUCUCGGCAAGAACGGCGUCUUCGUGGACGGGGCCUUCCAGCGGCGCGGCGCGCCCGCCCUGCAGCUGCCCAAGCAGUGUACCUUCCGGUUUCCCAGCACGGCCAUCAAGAUCCAGUUCACAUCGCUCUACCACAAAGAAGAGGCCCCGGCCUCCCCACUCCGGCCGCUCUACCCACAGAUCUCCCCGCUGAAGAUCCACAUCCCGGAGCCGGACCUCCGGAGCAUGGUCAGCCCCAUCCCCUCCCCAACUGGCACCAUCAGUGUCCCCAACUCCUGCCCAGCUAGUCCACGAGGCGCCGGCUCCUCCAGUUACCGCUUUGUGCAGAAUGUGACCUCGGACCUGCAGCUGGCAGCAGAGUUUGCAGCGAAGGCCGCAUCGGAGCAGCAGGCAGAUACGUCUGGAGGAGACAGCCCCAAGGACGAGUCCAAGCCGCCGUUCUCCUACGCGCAGCUGAUCGUGCAGGCCAUCUCCUCCGCCCAGGACCGGCAGCUGACCCUGAGCGGCAUCUAUGCCCACAUCACCAAGCAUUACCCCUACUACCGAACGGCCGACAAAGGCUGGCAGAAUUCUAUCCGACACAACCUCUCUUUGAACCGUUACUUUAUUAAAGUCCCGCGUUCCCAGGAGGAGCCUGGGAAGGGGUCUUUUUGGCGUAUAGACCCUGCCUCUGAAGCCAAGCUCGUGGAACAGGCAUUCCGGAAACGGAGGCAGAGGGGCGUCUCCUGCUUCCGCACCCCCUUCGGGCCUCUGUCCUCAAGGAGCGCUCCAGCUUCACCCACACACCCCGGGCUGAUGUCCCCUCGCUCCAGCGGCCUGCAGACCCCAGAGUGCCUGUCUCGGGAGGGCUCCCCCAUUCCACACGACCCCGACUUCGGGUCCAAGUUAGCUUCUGUCCCAGAGUACCGGUAUUCCCAAAGCGCACCUGGCUCCCCCGUCAGCGCCCAGCCAGUGAUCAUGGCCGUGCCACCCCGACCAUCCAGCCUCGUGGCCAAACCCGUGGCCUACAUGCCCGCCUCCAUCGUGACCUCACAGCAGCCCGCAGGCCAUGCCAUCCACGUCGUGCAGCAGGCCCCCACCGUCACCAUGGUCAGGGUGGUCACCACGUCCGCCAGCUCGGCCAACGGAUACAUCCUCACCAGCCAGGGCUCAGCAGGGAGCUCCCACGAUGCAGCGGGCGCAGCUGUGCUGGACCUGGGCAGCGAGGCCAGAGGCCUAGAGGAGAAACCCACCAUUGCGUUUGCCACAAUCCCGGCAGCCAGCGGAGUCAUCCAGACGGUGGCCAGCCAGAUGGCCCCCGGCGUCCCCGGACACACAGUCACCAUCCUGCAGCCUGCCACACCCGUGACCCUCGGCCAGCACCACCUUCCAGUCCGGGCCGUCACUCAGAAUGGAAAGCAUGCGGUUCCCACAAACAGCUUAGCCGGCAACGCUUACGCCCUCACCAGCCCUCUGCAGCUCCUUGCAGCCCAAGCAAGUUCGUCCUCACCAGUGGUGGUCACCCGGGUAUGCGAGGUGGGGGCCAAGGAGCCAGCAGCAGCUGUCGCAGCCACAGCCACCACCACCCCAGCCACUGCCACCACCGCCUCUGCCUCCGCCUCCUCCACUGGAGAGCCUGAGGUCAAAAGGUCUCGGGUGGAGGAGCCCAGUGGGACGGCGACCACGCCGGCUGGAGUGAUCGCAGCCGCCGGCCCCCAGGGGCCGGGCACCGGGGAAUGAGAUCACCUGCACGCGGGGGAGUGGGACUCACCCAGCGGCGACCCCAGAGCUGGACCCAGCAGCACAGGCGGCCGCACCCACGGACGGAGGACAGCCCACAGCAGCCUGCGGGCAUCGGCGGCACCUGGACACACCCAGCCCUUUCCAUGUUAUCGCCUGUCCUCCCGUGGUUUAAAACAAAAACAUAAACAAGUUCAGACAACUGAUUGUAUGAUUCUGGGAAUUCUUUGCUUUCAUGCCCUUCGCCUCUCCCCAGGCCUCCCUGUCAGGCGUGGGGAGGAGGCUGUAGUUCAGCAUCUCGAGGAAUGUGUCAAGAUAGCUCUGCCCGCUCCACGCUACAUGGCCAGCCGCCUUUGUCCUGGGAGGACGGACAGAGGCGCAGCCAGGCACACCCUGAGGCUACGGGGGAAGCCCAGGCGCGGACAGAGGCCGGCUGGGGAAACCAGGAACUGCUGCCACGCCACGGACCGUCUAACAGCCUCCGCCCAGAGCGUGACAGAGAGAGUGUGGGCAUUAACCCAGGGAGUGUCCGCUUUCACUUCGGACCUCAAGUUUUUCUUUGUUUAAACCUGGAAUUCAGACCUCAUUGUACACCUGAGGCAGACACAAAAGGGAUCAUCUGUUUUUGAGGAUUUCCCCUGCUGGUGGUCUGACGACUGGCCGCGGUCCGGAGUUCCCGCUGGCGUUCAUCCUCUCGGAGGGUAAACCUGCUCUGUCUGAUAACUUCAAGUAAGAGCCACAGCUUCCCGGAUUGGCAUUCACCAUGGAAGGUUCCACGGAUGAAAGAUGGCCCUGGAUCCGCCGGCUGCAGGCCAGACCUUCCGGAAUCCUCCCGUGGCUCCGAUGCCCCAGUGCUGAUGGCCACAGGGGACCCGACAUGCCAAGCGCCACCUGCUCAAGCUGCUGUUUCACCCAGUCACAGUGUCCUUACCACUCCCACCUUGCUCUGCUGUUUUCAGCUGGAACCGUUUCUCCUGCCCGAAGCUGCAGAGGCCCUCCCUGGUCCGUCAUGAGCAGAAGGGAGGCCCCACCCCAGCAGCAGCAGCUCCUGCACCUCCACACCUGGCCGGGCGACUCCACUGGUUUUGUUGACAUGGUGAGAACCCGAGGAGGAUGGGAUGCUGCAGCCAGUAGGGCGGCUCCAGGGUCCCUGAGGAAGGCUGCCCUGCACGUCCAUCGAGACGGCCAGGGGCACCUGGAGCUUUGUCACUGAGCAGCAUUGAGCCAGAGCUGUCUAACGUUGUGCCCAGCUCGGGGAGCGGGGAGUGAGGAGUCCUUCCGUGUGUCUUGAGAGGUGUGAGGUGUCCCCAUAAAGGUCAGCUGUCAGUUUUGCUGGCCGCUCCAGCGCCGGCCCUCCUGUUGGGGACCACAACAAGAAACAGUGCAGAUUCGACACUGAGCUCCAGAAAUGCCAGAGGAGCGGUGUUUCUGGGGAUCAACCAUCCUCCCAUCACAGCCUCUCACCAGCAAUGCAGCCUCAGCAGGAGAGCCACAGAGGCACCCAGGUGCCUGGAAGGCAUCUGACGGAGGUGGCUGGGCAUGUGUCUCCCUGAAGAAGAAAGGAGAAUGCUUUCCAAAGCGAUUUCAAGGCAGUGCAGGAGCGGUGUGCUGUGUGGCGGAGUGGGGGCGCCCGUGGCCCCAUCGGAGUCCCCGACCCUAGGACAAGUGCAGAACUUCUGUGGGCCCCUCCUUCCACCCAGAUAGAGAAAACCCCUGUUCUGUUUCCCUCCCCUGUUGCAUUGUUUUUCUAAGCGCCCCCAAACGAGUUGUUUCUAUGGCACUAACCUUUCCAUGAGAAAUAAGCUCUUUGUGGAAGUCCAUACCUGUUGGCUUGGGUGAGGUUUCAGAGAAGUAGGGGCGAGACGAACACAGCCGGGCGUCCCAGGUGCAGUUCCGUCCAUGGAGGGUGAGAGGUGGCACUCUGUGCCACAUGCGCGGCUCCUGCUGUUGUCUGUGGGCCUUUUCUUUCCAUGCUGCCUGGUGUGUGCGUGCGUGGCGUGAGGGAACGGGGCGUGGUGGUCAGAGAUGUUCCCUGACACUGGUGCCUGCGUGGCCUGAGCCAGUGGCGUCAGUGGGGGCCUCUGUGAUCGCCUGCUGCUGCCCUCUCCCCCAUGGUGACCGUGUAUCCCCAGGGCUGUGUGGCCACCCUCAUGGGGGAGUUCUGUUUGCUUUUGAGCCACUGUAGAUCGGCCUCUCUCUGCAAGCUGAUGUCUGCAGGGAGCGCUGCGUGCCAUGUGUUGGUCACAAAAUAUGAGGUAGCCUCUCACCCUGGUCUGCUCAGGCUAGCUUUGACCCACUUCCUUGCCCGGCUUUUGAGACGAGCACGUUCUUUCUGUUAGCGGUAGGAUUCUCACCGAUUUUACUGCUUCAAUGCCGAGGGCGUGGAAAGGGGGUGGCGGGUGGUGCUGGGGGGUAGCGAGUGCAGGACCUCAGGGCUGCAUCCUGCCGUGUGGGGGGUCAGUGCUAUGUGGCUUCUGCGGCAACUGCAAAGAGGGACAAGGGGAGGUGGGCCUAGGGGUCAGCUCAGACGGAGCAGGGCAGGGAGAGGGCGGCUGGGUCCUGGACCCACUGCUCUGGGCUCAUAACCAUGAGAUUUUGAAAGCGUUUUUGGUCAUCAUUGGAGCAGAUACCAUGCCUGGCUCCAGCCCUCCUGGUGUGCCCUGAGGCAGCCCAGCAAGUGCCUCCCAGCCAGGCUCAUUCGCAGAAGCAAGAGCACAAGCCCAGGGAACCAGGAGAGCCUCAGCCCCGAGUCCCAGCCGCCUGUGACCCUGAGCUGUGGGCAGCCAGGAACCCGAGAACCUUCUCUAGGUUGUCAAGGCUGGGUUGACCCUAGCAAUGUGCAGGAAUGCAGGGAGCAAAAGUAACUUGAUUCCAGCCCCACGUUAGGGUCACAGCAGAGGCUGAGGGCCCGCUCUCCUUUAACCAGGGGCUGGGGGCAUGGUCCGUGGACAAGAACAGCAGGUCACAGUGGUGGCUUUGGGAAGGGCCCCUCCCACUUUGCCCUGUUCUGAAAGGGGCUCCCUCAGAGCCCAUGGGCCCGGUAACCCACUUCUCUUUCCUGCUUCCUGCUCAGUAACUUGCCAGGUUUACCAAAUAAAAGAAGACACCCGCUUUGGAUAGGAGGUAAGUCCCAAAAGAAAACAUCUGAAGUGGCUGAGCACAGGCAUCCCACCGAGACCAUCUGGUGGACCCUGAGAAGCAGGAAGGCAGGGCCUGAGUGUCCCCCAACUGCUAGGGCAGCAGGUGGCUCAGGGCACCCUCUCUCAUGCCACCUUCUGCAACCAGCCCGGUGUCCACAGAGCAGCAGAGCCGGAGGAGCUCAGGGAGACCUGGCCGUGGAGGGCACGGUGCCCAGUGUCCCAGCGUGUGCCUGUCCUCAGCCACUUGUGUCUUUCCUACCGUGCAGACGUUCUCCCAGUGACACCUGGCCUCCGUGGAGGAUGGGAUCUGUCACUCAUGCCUUUGAGGGACCCAGACAGAGCAUCCCUCUUCUGCUCUUUCUACAUUCCUAAAAACCUCAACGUCAGUCCCUCACCAGUCGGGCCGCAGCACCCCAUCCUGUCCUCCUGGCUUCACGUUAGAGGCCGCGUGUGUGCUCUGAGUGAAAUGAGACGCUGCUGUCGGGUCCCCAUGCAGAGACCUUCGAGGCAGCGCUGGGAGACACUGGGGGGGACCAUGACUGGGCAGACAGAGGCUUGUGCACCUCACACUCACCCCUCAGUUUCCCUCCCAAGGUCUGGUGGUUCCUCUUUGGGAUUUGCUGUUUAUUUGUAUUUCCUCUCUUUGAUUUAAGAACCAUGCCAAGUGAAAAAGGUGGAGAUGAGUUUCUGAGUUGCAGAGUGUUCCCUGAUUCUAGGUACCACGCUUUGGGCUUCUCAAGCAGGGAGGGGACGGAUUUGGUGGAGUUGGGCCAGGGUGGGGCGGCCUCGUCCUGCCCUCCAGACUGCCGGGACCCCAAGAAGUUUCAGCCCACCCGAACCUCGCCCCCCUGACUCCUGGGUCCGUUUCUGUACUGUUUGAGAUCGCAGGCAUCAUUCAGCGAAUGCUCUUAUGUCCUCUACACAAGGUGGGCUCUCCCUGGAACACCCAAGGGCACUGUGACUCUCAGAAAGCCCUGAGCAAGGUCCCCCCCUCGAGAGAGAGAGAAAUCCCUUCUUCGGGCGGCUCAGCAAGUUCAGGGGGAAGAGAAAGCUUUUCUUUGGCUUUGAAACCAGUGUUUAUAGAGACAAAGAACAGACCUCAGUAGGAAAAAUGAAAAUGUAGUUUAACAUGGGGACGCAUCAGAGGAGAGGAUUUUCCCCUUACCUUUCAGAGCCGGCGGGAGCCCAGGGUCUGUUUGGCUUCAAAAGCUUCACAUUCUGCUUUGUCCUUGAGUGACUUCACGUGGGAUGAGGAACUGUUGACCUCUGUAGGGAGGACACCCCAAGUCCAUCCUGGGCUCCUCCUCUCCCCCUCAGAGAGAACACACCCCCAAGAAAAGGCUUUAGAAUCACCAGCGUGCCGCCUCACAUGUCAGGGCGGAAUCACACGCUCCUUACGCUAGAAUAAGUUACAAAACCAGAUUGUGAGGCUCUUCGCAAAUGCAGAGCCCCGGAAUGCCGGAUGGAGGCCUCUUCGGCCCCCGGGGUGCCGCCUGGCUGCAGUCGGUCUGCGGUAAGGGGCGGCCACGGUGACGGCCUCACACUCCCAGUGAAAACGUGUUUACCCACAGCCUUGCCUCAAGCCUCUUUGACAGUGCCGCUGCCUCGAAGCAAUAUUAUUUAAUAAGAAUACUUUAAAUGGUUCACACGUGCUGCUAUGAAGACAGGAGUAAUCUGUAGACGGGACCCAGCUCUGGAGGUUCCCGGGUAAUGUAUUUUGGCUCUUGGAAGUAAGGGUAGAAUUUAGAGUAUAACAAAUGAUCUCUCGCCCGGUUCUGUCCCUUAUUUUUAGAUUGUUUUCCUGCAUCUUACAAUUUCCUUUUCUUUUCCAAGUUCCUUUUUCCAGGCCUGUUUUUCAGUGCUCAGGACACGGUUUUCAUCACCCACAUACUUUCUGCUUUUUUCGUUGUUGGGUUUGGUGCAAGACAUUUAAUACAAAACGCUGCUACAUUUGGUGACCAGAGGGAGGGCUUAGAAUCUGUGCUUUGCCAGGGAUCUCGGUGGGUACCGCAGCCCCCCGCAGGAUGGUGAGCUGGGCCCAUGCCUCGAGAGAGGGCCCUUUCCCACUGCAUGCGGCUUGAAUUUUGUCGGAGUUAAAUCUGUGGAAGGGAUUGUCCUGUUGGAGCUGCUGCGUCCUUCCCUCUGUCCUCCCUGUCACCCAAACCCGAAGUCACAGCUGCUUGGAAGAAUGGGAUUUUGGGGAUACAACCACACACGUUUUCCUCUGAACUGAAAUUUUUUAAAUAGACCCAUUUCACUGACUUCGUUUAGGGAAAGUAGUUUCUCUUUUGGGUUGUCUUUUGAGCCCACCGCCAUGUAACCCUGCCUCUGCUGGGCUUUUCCGCCCCGUUCCAGCUCCUCUUUCUCAGGCAGAGGCUGCAGCCUUCAGCUCUGCUGCUGGAUGGGACAUUUCAGAGCCACCUCCUGGAAGGUGGGCAGGGUGGAGGGCCCAGGGCCAGGCCUGACAUGCGCCAUAACCAGAGGUGUGAAGCUGGGCUGGCUUUUCCAGGAGUUGGCUGAGAAGGUUCUUUGGGCAAAACAGAAUCAGAAGGCCAUGAGAGAGAUGGGUGAGGGGGAGAGUGGUGAGGAGGAUUCGUCUCUGAUGAACCUCGCCAUGACUGCCUGUCACAUCCAAGCCUGUGCCAGCUGCUAGGAGGUCAGAGUCCUGCCCUGAGAAACAGCUCAGUCCCUGGAGAAUGAAUACCCAGGGGUCAGUGACUGGAGGCCCUCCCUUGAAGCCACCAUUCCCAGGAGGCCUGAGCGUGACCCAGAAGCUUGCCUGGCACCAAGACUGGCGUUUUCCUUGUAUUUUUGUACGGGACUGAGGUGAGCAUCCUUCCUUUGAAUGAGUGAGCGCUGGGACUUUUUUGGUUUCUUUUACUCAUCCUAAUGGCUGGUUUUGGCUGCUCAGAGUAUCAGAGAAUAUUACUAAGAAGGCAGUCACUCUGUCUUUAGGCAUCUUUCCUUCUGUCCAGGGAGAAACCCCUCGGAAGAAUCUUAGUCAGUCUUUGCACCUGCCUGUCAUUCUUGCCACAGGGAAGAUGCGUUGAAAAGAAAAAUACUAAGACCAGGGAGAAACCGCAAACGAAUUUGUUUGCUUUGGUUAAGCAGCUGAACACUGGCUAUAAAUGACCCCCUACCCCCACCCCGCUCCAGGCCCCAGUGACCCAGUUUCGUCUUCAGGUUCCAUCUGCCAGAUUUCAGUCAACCAGAGGCUGCCAAGGGUGACUAAAGAGGUCUCCAUGUCACUCUCAGUUUUUUUUUUUUUUUUUGAGACAGAGUUUCACUCUGUCAC